CCAUUCUUCAACUAAUUCAGAAGGAAAAAGGAAUAAAGAGCCGAUAAUAAAAUGUCCAACUGUAAAUACGCUCAACUGCCACAUACGAUCAUAUCAUCAUGAAGACGAGAUUCGAUACCUACGACAUAGUAUGCUCUGUAGCAGAGCUGCAGAGAUUAAUUGGAAUGAGAGUGAAUCAAAUCUACGACAUAGAUCAUCGAACGUACUUGAUUCGAUUGCAGAGGAGUGAGGAGAAGGCAGUGCUCCUGUUGGAAUCUGGAAAUAGAAUACACACGACUGCAUUCGAAUGGCCAAAGAAUAUAGCACCCUCAGGAUUUUCCAUGAAGAUGCGAAAGCACCUGAAAAACAAGCGCCUCGAGGUCCUCCAACAAGUAGGUACUGAUCGAAUUCUGGACUUGCAAUUCGGUUCCGGUGAGGCCGCCUACCACAUCAUCCUCGAGCUCUACGACCGAGGAAACAUAGUCCUCACCGACCAUGAGUUAACAACCCUCAAUAUCCUUCGUCCACACACGGAAGCUGAUAAAAUUCGCUUCGCUGUUCGUGAGAAAUACCCCCUCGAUCGAGCCCAUACAACGACAAUGCCAGAGCCCCGAGUUAUCCAGGAGAAGCUCGCCUCUGCGAAGCGCGGAGACCCCUUGAAGAAAAUCCUGAACCCUUUACUCCAAUUCGGUGCGGCCCUGAUCGAUCAUGUUCUCCUGAAAGUAGGCUUUGGGGCUAAUUGCAAAUUAGGACAGGAUUUCUCUCUUGAGAAAGAUUUCGAUCGAGUAAUGGAGGCCCUUAGAAUGGCAGAUGAAAUUCUGUCGUCAGCUACUAAAAACCCUCCUGGAGGGUACAUCCUCCAGAAAAAGGAAUCGAAAGCCUCUCAGAAUGGGGAGGAGGAGUUCAUGAUGACAAAUAUUGAUUUUCAUCCGAUGCUGUUCGAGCAGUACAAAAGUCAACCCUUCAAGGAGUUCGAAUCGUUUGAUGCAGCUGUCGAUGAGUAUUAUUCGACCAUGGAGGGGCAGAAAUUGGACCUCAAGGCACUCCAGCAGGAGAGAGAUGCCCUGAAGAAGCUGGAGAACGUGAAAAAAGAUCACAGCCAACGACUCGUGGGGCUGGAGAAGACUCAGGAAGUGGAUAAACAGAAGGCAGAAUUGAUAACUAGAAAUCAGGUGCUGGUUGACAACGCCAUUCUGGCGAUUCAGAGUGCACUGGCAAAUCAGAUGGCUUGGCCAGACAUACAGGGUCUUCUCGAUGAGGCUCGCAGCCAAGGGGACCCAGUGGCCUCGGCGAUAAAACAACUCAAGUUGGAGACGAAUCACAUUUCUAUGAUGCUUAGUGAUCCUUAUGAGGAGUGUGAUGGGGAGGAGCUGAAACCGAUGAUUGUGGAUAUCGACCUGGCGCAAUCGGCCUAUGGGAAUGCAACGAGGUAUUAUAAUAUGAAGAGAUCGGCUGCUAGGAAACAGCAGAAGACUAUCGAGUCGCAGGGGAAGGCCUUCAAGUCAGCAGAAAAGAAGACGAAGCAAACGUUAAAGGAGGUCCAGGUGAUACACAGCAUCAAUAAGGCGAGAAAGAUCUACUGGUUCGAAAAAUUUUACUGGUUCAUUACUUCUGAGAACUACCUGGUGAUCGGUGGAAGAGACCAACAGCAGAACGAAUUGAUAGUCAAACGCUACCUUCGAGCUGGCGAUCUCUAUGUGCACGCGGAUUUAACCGGUGCCAGUUCCAUAGUGAUUAAAAAUCCCUCAGGUGACCCAGUCCCGCCAAAGAGUCUAGCCGAGGCUGGCACCAUGGCUGUCGCUUACAGUGUUGCCUGGGAGGCCAAGGUGGUCGCUGGGGCCUGGUGGGUACAUCAUGAUCAAGUUUCUAAGACUGCACCCACUGGAGAAUACCUGACUACCGGGUCGUUCAUGAUCCGAGGAAAAAAGAACUACCUCCCGCCCUGUCAGCUGGCUAUGGGGUUCGGGUUUCUAUUCAGACUCGAGGAGAGUUCUAUGGAGAGGCACAAGGGCGAGAGGAGAGUCAAAACUCUCGAAGAAGAUUCCCUGGUCUUGGAGACUGUCGAGGAAGAUAAAGAGAUUGUUAUUGAGGAUUCUGAUGAGGAAGAACGACUUGAGGGCAUCAAGGAGGAGAAUAUCGAUAGGUCGAGUGAUGAUGAGAAGUCACUCUUUCCUGAUACUCAGAUCAAAUUGGAUCUCUCUGGACCUUCAGUGAAAUUGGUUAUUGAUAAUAAGAGGCCUCUGGAGGAAAUACAGGAUCCGGAGGAAGUGUACCUUGGUGAUGACAAACCUGUGAAAGUGUCAUCGCGAAGAGCCUCAGUUCAAGAAAAACCAGGUCGACCCGCGGCAGAAAAGGCAGAGGGGGAGAAACCAAAGGAAACAAGUGGAUUGAAAAGAGGCCAGAGGGCAAGGCUAAAGAAAAUUAAGGAAAAAUACAAGGACCAGGAUGAGGAGGACAGAAAACUUCUCAUGGAAGUGUUGAAACCAGAUGGGGCAGCUAAAGAGGACAAACGAAAAAAGAACAAAAAUUCUCAGGGGCAGAAGGUACAGCAACGACAAAAGAAAACUGGAUCAGCUCCAAUCCAACAGAAGCCCCAGAACAUCGACAAUGACGAUGAGGACGUUGGACCUGCACCUGAGAUGGAUAUGCUGGAUCAGCUAACGGGAAAACCCGUCGAUGAAGAUGAAUUACUAUUCGCUGUACCUGUCAUUGCACCUUACGGUACACUGAACAAUUACAAAUUUAAAGUCAAAUUGAUGCCUGGAACUGGGAAAAGGGGAAAAGCCGCCAAGACUGCAAUUUCUGUCUUCUUGAGAGAUAAAACUAUCACAACUAGGGAAAAGGAUCUUCUCAAAGCUGUCAAGGAAGAGACCAUCGCUAGAAAUAUUCCAGGAAAAGUGAAAAUCAGUGCUCCACAAGUACAGAAGCAUAAAAAAUAGAAGUAUUACAAAGAUAAUAUUUUAUUUUGGUUUUAUCAAUACAAAAUUCUCAGGAACGUAUCAUUAUUGUAAAUACUGCUCAACAGUUAUCUCAAGAAAUAAAUGGAUAUACUCUGGAGUUACUCAAAUUUAUAACAA